CCAUAGACAGUAAUCCCGUGUUACUGUAGCGCUACAUAGUGGGUCAGGGAGGGCUGCAGAACAUUACAUUUCUAUCUUUAUUACUUUGCUUAUUCUGUGAGAAUGGACAAUUCCGGCAAGGAAAAAGAGGCAAUUCAACUCAUCGCUGAAGCCGACAAGAAAGUGAAAUCCUCUGGGUCUUUCUUAGGAGGAAUGUUUGGCGGGAAUCACAAGGUGGAAGAGGCCUGUGAGAUGUAUGCCAGGGCAGCCAACAUGUUCAAGAUGGCCAAAAACUGGAGUGCUGCAGGGAAUGCAUUUUGCCAAGCUGCCAGACUGCAUAUGCAGCUCCAGAACAAACAUGAUGCAGCCACCAGCUUUGUUGAUGCUGGAAAUGCAUUCAAGAAGGCUGAUCCACAGGAGGCUAUCAACUGCUUAAAUGCAGCCAUCGAUAUUUACACAGACAUGGGUCGAUUUACUAUUGCUGCCAAACACCACAUUACAAUUGCUGAAGUAUAUGAGUCAGAGCUGGUGGACAUUGAGAAGGCAAUUGCACAUUAUGAACAGGCUGCAGACUAUUACAAAGGCGAGGAAUCUAACAGCUCGGCAAACAAGUGUCUUCUGAAGGUUGCUUCAUAUAGCGCCCAGCUGGAACAGUAUCAGAAGGCCAUUGAGAUAUAUGAGCAGGUUGGAACAAACACCAUGGACAACCCUUUACUGAAAUACAGUGCCAAAGAAUAUUUCUUCAAAGCCUCUUUAUGUCAUUUCAUUGUGGAUGAGCUGAAUGCAAAGCUUGCUGUUGAGAAGUAUGAGGAAAUGUUCCCAGCAUUUUCAGAUUCAAGAGAGUGCAAACUUCUGAAGAAACUCCUGGAGGCACAUGAGGAGCAGAAUGCAGAGGCUUUCACAGACGCGGUGAAGGAGUUUGACUCAAUUUCACGUCUUGACCAGUGGCUGACCACCAUGCUUCUGCGCAUCAAGAAAACUAUUCAGGGUGAUGAAGGGGACUUAAAGUGAGAUGUGGAGUUGAGGGGAAACCGUUCAAGGCAUGCAAACCUCUCCCCAGUGCAUAUCAUUUCAUUUUUGUGCAAUGACCAAUUUCAGGUUUCCCACUACAGUAUGUCAGAUUUAUUGCUGCAGCAUUUAUAGAGAUUAUAUAAAGCUAUAUUACAUUGGUUUUCAGAUAUUUUUAACAUAUAUUUAGCUUUUAAACAUUAGACCUGGUUGGGACUGAUGAAUGUCAGGCUCCCUGUUUUUAUAAUUAACAUGUUUUUCAUGGAUACUCAGUGGUAGAUAAGUAUAGAAUAAAGGAUGAACCAGGCACCUGAGAACUCUUUGUUGGUCCCCCUGGUUAACUAAUUACUGGAGUUUGGUUUGCUAGUGCUGCAUGACACACACAGAUGUAUUUGUUGUGUCAGACAAGUGGAUACAUUGUCCUUUUAUGUAGAUUUUGCCAUUUUAUUUGUUUGAGCGUUUCCCCAAUUCAUUUAUGUAAUUUACAACCAACAAACUUCUCUCAGUACCUCUACAUAUACAGGCAGGUGGGCCUUAUGUCCAACUACAUUAUGUGCACUGAGAGUUCAACACGUCUCAUCACGUUUAUCAUGGCGCUCCAGUGAAAGGAGUGAGCGGUUGUCUGUGGCAGCACUGCUGGUACUGUGUCCAGGGAUCUAAGCCAGAAUUGAACUUGUGUUCAUAGAGAAAUUUUAAUUUACAUUGUCUACACAGUGUAAUAAUAGUGGAAUAUUAGAGUUGUCACUUCCUUAUCAAUCUUUAUUUAUUAAUCCCUAAAUUAUUUUUUUGUGAUGAGAUUUCUUUACAUUAUGAAAUAUUUUAACUUUGUUUCUGUCUCUGCUUGCAGUAAGUGGUUUGCAGAUUCAACACCAAGUAUUUAUACAUUUGAAGGAAAACACUUGUUGCUUCUUGUUUGCCAGCAUGUUCAAACAAUGAAGAGUUUGUGAAUUCUCUGUAUACCUUGUGUCAGUGUGUUACGUGUUGUGUUGUGAAUUCAUAGAUCAUGCAGCACUUAAGCUUGUGCACUCUCCAUCGUAGUCUUUAGCAGUGCAUGUCACUGUGGGUUAGUGUUGUUUAAUGUUCAGUAUCUCAGUGGGUCUGCGAUUUUUAAAAAGCCAUCAGAAGAGCUACAUGCUUAUUCUUUCUGACCGAGUAGUUGACCUCUUGUCAAAUGUCUGUAUGAAUGUACAGAAAUAAAUGACCAAUAUUUAAAAAAAUAAAACUUUGUUGAAAUAU